AUGUCUGAUGAAAAAGUACAAUGGUUUUGGGAUGCAAAUCCAAGUCCAUUUGGUAAAGAUCAAUCACAUAUAUGGACUGCAUAUAGUGCAGAAGAUAAUAAAAUAAUUGAAGAACGUUUUGGAAGUAAAGCUGUAAAAGCUGAACUUAAAAAUCAUUAUGUAUACUUUAGUGAACGUAUGCAAGUACAUAAACAAGAUUUUCAUAAACAAAGACCAGUUAAACGUGAACCACAUAAAUAA